AUGGAGAACAUAAUGGGACAAAUACCACUACCACGAUUGACGGAGACGAACUACGAGAAUUGGAGCAUCCAAAUGAAAGCUCUUCUCGGUUUGCAAGACGCAUGGGAGGUGGUCGAAGAAGGUUUCGAAGAACCGAAGAAUACCACGGGUUAUACGGCGGCGCAAAGAAAGGAGCUAAAAGAAUUACGGUCAAAGGAUAAGGCAACAUUAUACAUGCUGUUCUGGGCUAUUGAAGAGUCAGGCUUUGAGAAGAUUGAAAGGGCAACUACUUCAAAAGAAACGGCGGACACUCUAGAAAAUGUGUUCAAAGGAACCGAUCGAGUCAAGCAGGUGCGUCUCCAAACUCUGCAUGGCGAUGGCAAAUCAGCUAAAUCAAAACGGAGAAAUGUUACCCGAGACACGGGUUGUGGAGAAAAUCUUGAGGUCGUUAACAGACAACUUCGAGAAUGUCGUAUGUGCAUAGAAGAGUCAAAGGACCUGACAAAGUUCACAGUUGAUGAGCUUGCCGGUUCUCUCGAGGCACACGAGCAACGCAAGAAAAAGGAGGAGCCACUCAAUCAAGCGCUUCAGACGAAGGCAUCAAUAAAGGAUGAAAAGCACUCUACUCUAAAAAUUUUUGAGGUAGAGGUUGUGGAAGUCACGGGAAUGGUCGAGGUGGUCAAGGUAACAGUUAUGAAAAAAUCUAUAAUGAGAAGAGACUAUCGAGCCAAGCUAAUUAGCAUGGAAGAGGACGCAGUCGAGGAAGAAGACGCCGAUCAAACAUUCACAUGUCGAGCCGAAAAAAGGGUGGAAGGAACAACCAAUAUAGCCGUGGAAGACGUAACAGAUGAAGGUCUUCUCUUGAUGGCUCAAGAUGAAGAAAACAUCAAUAACGACACUCUGUGGUACCUCGACUCAGGAGCAAGCAACCAUAUGUAUGGUCGCGAGCUCCUAUUCAAAGAAAUGCAAAAGAUUGAAGAUGGUCAUUUGUCAUUUGGAGAUGCGUUGAAGGUGGAGGUACGAUACGCUUCUUGCAAAAGGAUGGUGUGA